UAGUUUCUCAUGGGCUGGGCGGAGACUAGGAGAUGUCAUCUUUCCCCUCGAAACGAUUCCUAUGGCGAUUAUGGCCGUAGCCGCGCUCUUUCACGCCAGGUUCCCUCUUAUCGCCCGUCGAACUUUCCCGUCUUCGGUUAGUUACUGUCCCCGGACUCUUCUUUCCAACGAAUUGAGCUACCGACUACAAUCGAUUAUCUGUUUUUCAUCGUCCGACGGCUCCGAUAUCGUUCAGGGUCCCAAUUUUUUGAAGUAUAGCGACGAAGAGUUGAUGAAGCAAUGCAAAUUCGAGACCUUUAGAGUUUCAGGGCCCGGCGGACAACACCGGAACAAGCGUGACUCCGCCGUUAGACUUAAACACCUCCCCACCGGAAUCGUAGCUCAGGCCGUAGAGGACCGUUCACAGCACAAGAACCGAGCUUCUGCUCUUAACCGGCUUCGCACUCUCCUUGCUAUCAAAGUGAGGAACAAGGUGGACAUUGAUGCCUAUUCUCCUCCUCCCGAGCUUCUUCAGAUCCUGCCUCCCAAGUCCACCAUUAGAACUUCUUCUUCUGGUUCACAGAUUGGUCCCAACAAUCCUAAAUUUGUACCUGGAAUGCAAGCUUUGCUUGACGUUAUCUCUGCUUCUGACGGUUCUAUCGCGGACUCUGCCAAGUUGCUGGGUUUGAGCACUGGUGGCUUGUCUCGUUUGAUACUCUCACAUGAUGGUCUUCGUAUGGCAGUCAAUAGCAUGAGGGCAGCCAAGGGAAUGAAGCCUCUCAAGUAGUCUGGAUGGUGGGACCUUUGAAAAUGUCCUUAUUUUGUAUACAAAACAAAGUAUAAAUGUUGAGUUCUGUCCAGCAUUUGUUCUUCUAAUAUCAUUCAGAUCGUCACCUAUUUUGAGAUGAUAUACUACUAAAUAGGCUGCUAAAAUAUUUAUGGUAAUUUUGCGUCCCAUUUUGUUGUGAUUGUGUUGGACCUUUGAAGCUAAUACUGUUGGAACCAUUUUGGAUUAGAUUUCUUCCUAUUA